AAUGGAUAAUCCAACUUAGCAGGAAGAAUUAGAUAGUUUCACUAAAACAACUACACCAGAAAUGACUGCGGUGAAUACGACCAUAAAAGCUGUAAUUGGAAACCAAUUGGUUCGCUCAAAUUCUAGUCCAAUGGUCUAACCUUUAAGUGGAAAGACCUUCAAAAUUGGAGUAAUUUAUAUAAGAAUUUUUAAGAUUUGUGGUGGCCAUUCUUCAGGAAAAGCCUUGCUAACUGAAAAAUUGAUGGGUCAACUACAAUAAUUGGGAUUUUAAGUGAGCGUGGUUAAAUAAGAUAAUUUUGAUGUUGAUAGCAAUGAUUUUGACAAUUAGUAAUUAAUUAGUAAUCAUUAAGCAAGUAGAAUUCUGAUAUUCUCAAUAAUGUUCCCUAUGUUAAUAAUUAGGAUUAUAAAAAGUUUUUGGUAUCAGUUUAUACUAAGUUUUAGUCAACAGCCAUCAAUACUCUCCUUACCACCAGAGAUAAGAAUGUAAUCAUAAUUGAAGGGACUUUAAUAUUGUAUGACAGACAACUUAGAGAUUUGCUUGAUUUAAAGAUAUUCUUGCAUCAUGAUCAGGAUGUGAGACUGUCGAGAAAAAGUAUUUUUAUGUAGAAUGCAUUUAGUUUAUAAGGAAGUGUGUUCCAAAGGCAAAGAUGUGGAAAAAGUCAUUUACAACUAUUUGAAUAGAUUAAAACCACUUUAUGACUCAAUCAUUAAGCCCACUGAAUAAUAUGCAGAUAUUAUUGUACCCAAAUUUGGGGGAGAGUUUGCAUUGAAGCCACAAGAAUAUUUGGGUGAAACUUAAUAAAUGCAAGCAGGCUUUAGUUAAGUUAAUCCCAACGUCUUAAAUUUACUUAUAGAGAUUACAAAGGAAAAUAUUCUAGGAAGCGAUAAAUUGGAUAAACUAGAAAAACUUGACAAAACUUAAGCAAGUUCAAAAUGA